AUGCAGCAUAGCCGCUUUGUUUACACCCGGGACCAGCUGAUCGCGCUGCAGCCGGUCGGCAUGGCGACCAGGACAACGAACAUCCCCGAAGAGCUUUGGAGACAGAUGCACAGGGGAUGCAGAGGGGGAAUUAACAAGCACAGAAAAAAGAAGGGAUAUGGGCAACGUGAGGACAUCCCGGAUGACCAUGUUUCCAUCAAUGGCUUCCAGACUGUUCGGGCCGACCGGGGUUGCACCGAGAGCGGUAAGCGCAAAGGAGGUGGGCUUGCUGUGCUAGUCAAUAACCGCUGGUGUAACCCUGGUCACAUUACCAUCAAGGAACGUACCUGUUGCCCGGACAUUGAGCUGACGCGAUCUGCUGGAUGGACGUUUUACUGGUCCAAACACACACAGAGCUCUGAGAAGGAGACCAUCACCAACGUCUACACCAUCAGCUCAGUUAGUCUCUCUGAUGGAGAUGUAGCUCAGGCAGUAUUGAGUGUGUCUCCACAGAGCUGGUUGACUGAAGGAGAGUCAGUGACUCUAAGCUGUGAGGUUACAGGCUCCUCUACAGGCUGGACAUUCAGCUGGUACAGAGCUGCUCUCUACAGACAAGGCUUAGAACAAAUAAGAGACGUUCAUGGCAAUGUUCUGUAUCAUGUGGAGCUCCUGUCAGACAGCAGAAGAGAAGCUGGAGGCUCCUACACUCUCAGUCCUGCUGCUGUAAAUCACACAGGAGUUUAUGUGUGCAGAGCAGGGAGAGGAGAACCAGCCUAUCAGACACAGUACAGCACUGCGCAGACACUGUGGAUCACUGGUUCAUCUCCUCCAGCCUCUCUGAUCAUCAGUCCCAGCAGAACUCAACACUUUAGUGCUGGCUCUCUCUCACUGAGCUGUGAGGGACAGAGUGACUCUACUGGAUGGAGAGUGAGGCGAUACACACACAGUGGGGAGGUGUCAGAUUGUUCAUCAGUUACAGGAUCUACAUGCAGCAUCAUCUCCCUCCACACAUCCCUCACUGGAGUUUACUGGUGUCAGUCUGAGUCUGGAGGAGGAAGUGAUCCUCUCAACAUCACAGUGCACAAUGGUGAUGUGAUCCUGGACAUUCCUGUCCAUGCUGUGACUGAGGGAGAUUCUCUGACUCUCCGCUGUUUAUUUCGCUCCACAAAGCCCUCAAACCUCACAGCUGAUUUCUAUAAAGAUGGAUCACUGCUCCAGACCCAGACGACAGGAGAGAUGAUCAUCCGUACUGUCUCAAAGUCAGAUGAAGGUCUCUACCACUGUAAACACCCAGAGAGAGGAGAGUCACCACAGAGCUGGCUCUCAGUCAGAGCUUCAGGUCCUCGAUCUGGAUCCACUGAAGUAAUAGUCGGAGUGUCAGUGGGACUGAGUCUAAUCUUGCUCCUCAUCAUCAUACUGGGCCUGAUUUGCUGCUACAAGAAGAGCAAAGGUGAUUCUGCAGCUCAGCCCAGUGAUGACACUUACGCUGAGAUUAUGACUACAAACAGCUACAGAGGAAGCGAUGAAGGAGCA